UUGGAUCCGUGUGUUCGAGGCCCUAGCUGCUCUCAGCCAGUCAGUAGACGAGGCCAGUUCUGGCCGGACUGCCUUAAGGUCUUGUACGCCACUUUCAAUCUCUCGUGGUUCAAAUCCGAUCAUUCGACGAACGUCUACCGAUUUGACGUAGUUAUUUAUUAAUUUAAUCAAGUGGUGAAAUCAGUGUGCUGUUAAACGUUUUGGAUUAAUUAUUCGUCUCGAUAAAAGAUUCGAUUGGACUUGGCCGGCGCGGGAAGGCCACUAUGUCGACGAUCAGGGAGAGCUCGCACGUGAGCAGAAAGACGGUGAGUCAUGGAGGACCUAUAUCCGAACACACCAAAGCCAGCAGCCUCGAGAACAACCUAGAUGCUCUUUUGGAAGAUCUUCAGACAACUGUGUCCAGGUCUGCCACUCCUAGCAAAGGAGGUAGGCCACUCUCGCCCCAGGUCGAAUAUCGAGUUGCUGCCAAUCCCACCAGGGUCCUCUCCGAAGGCAGAUCCAACUCACCCGUGCGCACUGUCAAUAAGACCACAGAAAAAUUCGUAACCACAGGAUCGAGCGGUGCGGCCAGUGGCAUACCAGGAUUGGAAUUGCUGGAUGCCGAACUUCAAAAUGUACAACCCGGUCAGAGUAAGACAGUGGCUUACAAACAAGUUUCCUAUCAGUAUAACAAGAGCCUGGAUGGAAAACCUAUUGACGAACGCAACGUCAACCAAAGCAUUCUGGACAGUAGCAGCGUACCUUUCGUCGAAGAGAUUCAUGAGUCCAGUUACGAGGACAACAGGCCACGUAGACGUCAUCGUAGUCCUGACCCAUCCAGCAAGACGUCCACUGUCAAUAGAGAAUUACUUUACAGUGAUGGCUCUACGACAUCUCGUUCCAGGCAGACGUCUCCACUACCUGGUGGCCAGUACAGAGACGUCAAGUACAUCCAUGAAUCUUCUAAUUAUCAAGGAGAACCAAGACCGGUUCAGAAUACAGUGACAACUGUUCACAGCUUGGACAAUUCUCAAGAGUAUGGAAAUCGAGAGUACAUACCGGUACCAUCGCCUACGCCAGCAAUACCAAUAAAUCUAGCACCGGGUCCUAAUACAAAGGUUACCACGACCAUAAAAACCUAUACUUACGAACUUCCUGGCUCACCUGAGAAUUAUCUACCAGGAAGUAGUUUGCCAAGAGGUGUGGUACUUCCUGGUGAUCAGACUAUUACGUAUACUCUGCCUAGAGGAGGUUCCACUGACAAGACAGUGACUUAUCAUACUCAAAGUGUAACGAAUGUUUCUGGUCAAGACGGACCAGGAAGUCCAAUGCGAUAUGCGAGUCCUCCUCCAACUGAAGUUAUAUCCAAAUCGUCAAGCCUUCAGAAGGAAGCCAAAUUCUAUAGGGAAGAGCAUGCCUAUCCACCGGGAAGUCAACAGUCUCAACCUGGAAACACAACAAUUGUUUAUCACACUGGUUCACCACCAACGAAUAUUGAUUCUACAAGGAGUAUAACGAGGGAUGAGAAAUAUUAUCAGGUCAAUGCUAACUAUUCUAACGGACAUGGACCACAUGCUCCUGGUGACAGACCUGACCAUCCUGGCGAUACUACCAUUAUCUACCAGAACCAACCUCCGACCAUAAACGAAACCCAUACGACAAUAAAUCGAAUUGAGGAACAUUAUCCUAAUCGUCCUUCCUCAAGCAACAGACCACCCUCCAGCAGCAGACAGAAUACACCUGAAGGUCAGAAACCUGGUACUCCGACUCGUACAACUGUCAAUUAUUAUACUGCACCUCCGCAGACCAAUCCACCCCAAUCUAGCACUACUAUUUAUAAAUAUUCAAAUACCACCACAACUGUCCCACCGAACAAAUAUCCUGAGGAUCAUGAAGUCCUUUUACCAAAGCCCUUCCCAACCAAUGGAGUGCAAGUGUAUCCAUCCAAUGCCAAACCAAGUCCUACCAAUGGACAAGGACCGCCUGCGAAGCUGGAGGAUCUUAUGGCAUCAUUUUCUGACACCGAGCGUGAAGUUUUGGCUGACAUUGCAAAGCAGGACCAACAGCAGCGAAAGACGAGGGAUACUGAUAAUACCAGUCAGAAGAAACAAGUUGAAGUUAUAGCUCACACUCCACCAAAGGCCGAGAGCAAGAACGUAGCUGGACCACCUGUUUACUAUCCCCCAGGAUCUGCAGAGUUCACUAAAAAAGAAGAGUCCAGUGCUGCCAUGUCACAAUCCAGCGGUGGAUGGCAAAAGAAUAGUAGUAAAUACGAAUACGAAUCAGGAAGUAAGAGCAAAAGUAAAAGUAGCAGCGGAGGCGCAGUUGUUCCCGUAUGUCUGCCACUAUGCUGCGCUCUGCCUUGUGCUAUAUUGUAACUCAUUAUCACUGUAACAUGACAAUGGAAAGUCCUACAUUAUAAACAACGUUACAAUUGUCCAGUCAAUUAUCUUUGACAAUAGGAUUUUUUUAAUUAUUUCACUUGUUUAACUGGUGUGGCAUACCUAUCUUGCAAUAUUUUUGUUUUUCUUUGUGCUAAGCUAUAAGCAGCCAAUCAAAAAGUAAAGUAUACAUGACAUGUGUGUAUUCAAGAGCAGUGCUUCAUUUGUAAUAAUUCUUGGAAUUUACAUAAUCUUAAUUUAAUUAAUCUAAG